GCGCGCUAUAAGCCUAUAAGGGGCAGCGAGCAAGCCAACAACGCACGUUGCUCCGCUCCGCGCUUCCAGACAAACCAGCCGACCGAGCCCGAUCCCACGCAGCGGCCGCGAGCAUUGAAAUCUUAGGACCGUGCGAGCGCCGAGCGGCACGGCGGAGCCAUGCCGGCCGGCGCUGCCAUGAAGCUGCCACUGGCUCUGCUCGUGUUCUUCUCGGCGCUGCUCUACAGCCAGAUUCAGCCGCCGCCUCAAAAGGUUCCCGGCUCGCCGGGCGGGCCUCCGGUCACGGCGACCAGGACGAAGCUCAGGGACGGCAGGCACGUUGCCUACCUGGAAUCCGGCGUCCCAAAGGAGCGGGCCAGGUUCAAGAUCAUAUUCGUCCAUGGCUUCUUCUGCUGCAGGCACGACGUGCUCAACGUCUCCCAGGGGCUGCUACAAGACCUUGGCAUCUACCUGCUGUCCUUUGACCGGCCGGGGUACUGCGAAAGCGACGCGCACCCGGCACGGACGGAGGAGAGCAUCGCCGUCGACAUCGCCGAGCUCGCCGACAACCUGCAGCUGGGGCCCAGGUUCCACCUCAUGGGCUUCUCCAUGGGCGGCGAGAUCAUGUGGAGCUGCCUCAAGCACAUCCCGCACAGGCUCUCCGGCGUGGCCAUUCUCGCGCCGGUGGGCAACUACUGGUGGUCGGGCCUGCCGGCGGAGGUGUGGUACGCGCAGUUCCCGCAGGACCGGGUCGCCGUCUGGAUCGCCCACCACCUCCCGUGGCUGACCAACUGGUGGAACACCCAGCGGCUGUUCCCAAGCUCCAGCGUCAAAGCCCGGAACCCCACCAUCUACUCCAGGGAAGACAAGCCGCUCACCGUCAAAUUCGCCCAGCGAGCCCACAAUAAGCAGGUCACGCAGCAGGGGGAGCACGAGUCCCUGCACCGGGACAUGAUCGUCGGGUUCGGAAAGUGGGGAUGGAGCCCGCUGCAGCCGGACAACCCGUUCGCCGGCGUCGGCGACGAGGUGAAGGUGCAUCUGUGGCACGGGGUAGAGGAUUUGUUCGUGCCUGUCGCCCUGUCGCGGCACCUCAGCAAGAGGCUCCCCCGGGUGAUCUACCACGAGCUCCCGACGGCCGGCCACCUGUUCCCGCUCGCCGACGGAAUGCCCGAUGUCAUCGUCAAGUCGCUGCUGCUCGGAGACGAGUGAUGACGUUUCCGUUUUCUCUUGAGCGAGAAUGAGAGAUGAGCUGUUAGUAGGAUUUCGAAUAAAUUCAUCACCUUGCCCUUGAA